AUGAAGGACGAAACCACAGGCGCCGAUGAUCCGAGUUCCGUGAAGAAGGAAGAGCCUGUGGAGCCUGCAGAGAAGCCUAAGCCAAAGGCCAGGCCCGCACAAAAGGAGAGGAUCAAUCCUGGCGUUCCUGAGCCGCCGUUGCCUCCUGGCACGAGCCCUCAGGCGAUACGGUCGGCUCCUGUGUUGGCCAAGAGCUCCGCUCCAUCUGCCCCGAGACCUGUUGCCCGAGAAGAGGAGCCCAUGUUGAAUCGUGAACUAUAUGAGAACACCAGCCUUCCGCUGAUGCCCAAGUUCCCAGAACACAACAUGGCGCUGACUUCUCCUCACAUCAGGUAUACAUAUGAUACCGUCCCCGUUGCCUUGCCGGAGUAUGUCGUACCGGGACUUUCUGAGCAUGAAGACGAGGAUCCCAUUCUCGAAUCGUACAUGCACCCUCCGACGAUGGAUCAGAGGAAGUUCUCGGCACGAGUCUACAAGCUGAUUUCAAAUAAGCAGCAUAAAGCUUUGACGAAGCUCAUGUUUUAUGAGCGUGGAGCUGCUGCCAAUGAGCUUGGCAAGCUCUUUGAGGCGAGCACGGUUGAGCUUUCCGAGAGUUUCAGAAAUGCCAACAUGGCAUACAUUGCCGAGGAGGCGAAAGUCCGGAUGAUUGGACAUGAAAGAGUUCGCACCGUGAGGUUGACCGAGACCAUAAAGAAUGCGAUUCCCCAUGAUCCGCGUCCGGAUUGGGGGCUUGUUGCGUGCCUUGAGAAAGAAAUUGUUUAUGCAAUUGGCUCCAUGCGUGAGUUCGAUCGGAACAACUUCCCGAGAAGUUUCAAGGCGCCCACUCAGUAUAAAGAGGCUACCAUUCUCCCAACCUGGGAAAGAUAUGGAGCGUCUGCGAUCUUGCCGCUUAGGGAUUUCUUGGAGUGUCUUGAUCAUGCCCGUGACCGUUUCCGUGUAAUGAAGAAUCAGGAAACCGUAGAGUUGCCAAAUCAGUAUGCAGCAGAGUCAUACUUUGCAACUGAUGAUACGAUUGACCUGGUUCCUGAGAUUGCGAUUGCUCUGAUGACCGUGUUCAGACGGGAUCACGGGAAGAGAUUUGAAGUGUUUGUCAAGGACAACUACAAGGACUGGAAAACCAAGGAAAAUGCGUAUCAAAUGAUUGCUGGCGUGAGGUUGGUAUUUGAAUACGGCAGCAUGCCAUACGGUGUAUUCCGAAAGUUUGCCAUGGACGAUGAGUCGGCAUUUGCUAAGUUUGCCCGUGGACAAGGACCACAUGCCGUGUAUGUGGACGCAAACUUCCCAAAGUGGGGCUGGGGCGUGUGUUCCGCUCACGAUUGGGCAAAGUACUCUCAAACGGGCGUGAUAGAGAUGGAUAAAUGGCAGAACCAUCAGGAAUACCGACUUCUUGUUGAUCCCGUGAAAAUUGCUCCAUUCCGGAACUUCACCGCAUCGAGAUCGCUCGCCGAAGAGCACCGCAAGAUCACAUUCUUCGGUGUGCCCGCGACUAAGUCCAGUGACCAUAAGCUCACUGCUGAGGCCAAGAACCGGUUCAAGCACAAUGUCAGGGGGGCUCUUGUUGGUGCUGUGAGAUUUGACCUUUCAAUUGAGAGAUUGGUUGCCAAGCUCAAUGGAAAAGCGUCAACUGUUACUGUCGGUGAAUUCUUCAAGGCAAAUGGGGAUUUCUGCCGAUAUUAUGCGUCGCUGUUCCUAAAUUGCCGAGACAAACCGUUGUCGAGUUAUGUCUUCUAUUCCGAGCAUUGCAGGAAGGCAUACCUUGAAGCCCUGUCACUGCAGGAAGUGUCUCCGGCUCAGACGGAUCCAAAUCAGACGCGCAACAAUUGGCCCGAGUUCACCAAGUUGCACAACAAAUACAUCGAGAUGUUGAGAAGAUUUCGGAUGAGAUAUGAACUUGGCACCGAGGCCAAAGCAUUGGAGGUCUUUCGUGCGAAAAUGGCUGCCGGACCAAGUGAGAAGGUCACCCGAGUCUUUCUCAUGAAUCCUGAGGAACUUUCGAAGUGGUUGAGAAAGACCGCGUUCACUUUCUGUUAUGAGGUUCCUGAGUCUUCGGAAGGUCUUGAAACCGAGAUCAGAGCCGUUUUGAUGGAGGUUGACGAUCGGACCGAGGACAAGUGGGAUGACCUGGAUCCUGUUGGAACUGUCAACUUGACUCCGGCCCAACGAUUUGGACCCAACUUGGGCGGAGAGGACGUCACCGUGUCUCUGCCAGUGUCCGAGGAAGAGAUCAACCGCGAACGCAAGAGUGCAGAGAGGUCCGUGACCCUUUCAGAGAAGUCUGAAUCGAUUAGGGCUGCUGAAAAGGCAAAGAAGGAGCAGGCCACGAAGAAACCUAAGUUUGAGUUUCCAAAGAUUUACACGCAGCAGGAUGUGCUUGCUCGAUCCACCCGUGGGGAUGCCUCAGUUGCCCGUGCGCCCGGGAAGUCAUUGCCUGUUGUGCCUCCGACUGAUAUUGAAAUUGCGGAAGCUGUCGAAGCUCGGAUUCCUGAUGAGGAGGAGGACAUGCAGGGAGACACCAUUACCGAGGCGCCGGCGCCGUCCAUUGACUCUACCGUGAAAUCCGAGGAGAUUGUCAUGGGUCGUGUUCCCGAGCGAAGAAAGCUUGGUGACAGGUUUUUCCGUGCAAGUGUCGUUAGUUCGCAGGUCUCGUCAAGACUGGAUACCCAAGCGGAGGAACAGUUGCGUCGAGAAGAGAUUGGUUGCAAUCCGGAUGCUGCACCGUCUGGUCACAGACGACCUCCUGGACCUGCUCAGGAAGCCCGUGGUCCCCAGCGACGAGUUCUGCCUCCUCCGCCACCACCUCCGGGAGGAGUGGAGAGAGACCGGUCUGGCGACCCUGGAUACACUGCGAAGUACAGAGACGAAACUGGCAGGAUGAGACUGGAGCGUCGUGAACCCUCAGCUGGUUUCGUGGACCUACCUGCGCCACCGCCCAUGCCAGACGCGCCGGAGCCACCCGAGUUCGCUGUCUGGGCCGAACAGCAGAGAAGAGGCCGAGAGAAAGGCAGAAAGGGCGAUGGAAAAGGCAAAACUGGUGGAAAGGGCAAGAAAGGGCGAGGCGAUGGAGGCAAAGGAGGAGAUGGACGAGAUCGCACACGAACACCUCC